AUUGUUGUAUGACAAGUCCAUCUUGUAAAAUCAAUAAUUGGUGUUGCAGUUAACAAUCUUAAUGUUAAACGAGGUGGUUUAAACGUCUUAAAUUCAUCCGGUCAUGGUGUAACGUGUCAGAAACGCUGCAUGUAACGUUACGAGCUUUUCAGCUGUUUUCCGUCAGUGUGGCGGGACGUUCACGAACACCCAGCCACCGUUUGUGUCAUUUGGCAACAGCCGUGCCCACUUCCUGAUUUCACAUCACAGCAACAGAUGAGAGCGACUGUUUCACAGCCGAAAACCGUCUCACACACACAUUUUUUACACCGACGACCAGAAGAGACGUUUCGGGUACGGCUCCAGCGUCGUGCCGCCGGUCCGCUGCCAUGGUGGAGACUCCGGCUGGCUGCCUGUUUGAAGACAUCCAGCAUGAAGACAUCCAAGUUGAAGCGGCUGUUGGCAGAGGCACGUUUGGAGUUGUCUACAAGGCCGUGUGGAAAGGAAAAGAUGUAGCAAUCAAGACUAUCGAGAGCGACAAUGAAAAAAAUGCUUUCCUCGUCGAGCUCCGCCAGCUCUCCAGGGUGAAUCACCCCAACAUAGUGAAGCUGUUUGGCUCUUGUAACAAUCCAGUGUGUCUGGUCAUGGAGUAUGCAGAGUGUGGCUCUUUAUAUAAUCUCCUGCACAGUGCUGAGCCACAAGCCCCCUACACAGCUUCCCAUGCAAUGAGCUGGUGUCUGCAGUGUGCCCAGGGUGUUGCUUAUCUGCAUGCUAUGAAACCAAAGGCCUUAAUUCACCGGGACCUCAAACCACCAAAUCUGCUGCUCGUGUCUCGUGGCACUGUGCUGAAGAUCUGUGACUUUGGAACAGCGUGUGACAUUCAGACCUACAUGACCAACAAUAAAGGCAGUGCAGCCUGGAUGGCACCAGAAGUGUUCGAAGGCAGCAACUACAGUGAGAAGUGUGACGUGUUCAGUUGGGGCAUCAUCCUGUGGGAGGUCAUCACACGCAAAAAACCCUUUGAUGAGAUUGGCGGCUCAGCGUUUUGUAUCAUGUGGGCUGUUCACAGAGGUACUCGUCCUCCUCUGAUCAAAGACCUCCCAGAGCCCAUAGAGACUAUGAUGACCCGCUGCUGGGACAAAGAGCCCAGCCAGAGACCCUCCAUGGAGGAGGUCAAGAACACAAUGAGCCGUCUCAUGAAGUACUUCCCAGGUUCUGAUGAGCCACUGAAGCUUCCUCACCAGUCCUCAGCCAACAGGAGCGGCUCUUCAUCAGCCACCAGCACAGGCUCGUACGCUGACUACACCAUCAACAGCAACAAGAGUGAUGACAACACGGAGCACAGAAACUCUGUGGGCAAAGAGGAAACCCUGAAAAGCUUUGAGGCCAAAUUCCCGCUGCAGUUCAAACCUUCAAAGCAGACAGCCACACUGAGAACUGGUCUGUCCAGAGUGUCCAGCGUGGACAGCCAACCAGGACGCUCCCAAAGCCCCACCCGCUCCAACAGCCCUGCAGCCACCACCAGCCAAUCAGAGUUGAGGAUGACGUUUAAUCCCACAGCUACCAAUGGUUUAGACAGCUCCAUUCCCUAUCUAAAACUGGAUCACCAGUUACAGCCUCUGGAACCGUGUCCAAACUCCAAGGAGUCCAUGGCUGUGUUUGAGCAGCACAUCAGACUGGCUCAGGAGUACCUCAAAGUCCAGUCAGAGAUCGCUCACCUUGUGCGGAGGAAACAGGAGCUGAUGUCUGAGUUGGAGGAGGACCAGAGGGAGCAGCAGACUUCAAAUCGACUCAUCCAGGAGCACAGCAAGCUGCUGGAGGACAACAGCAGCCUGUCUACCUUCUGCCAGGGCCUGAAGAGCAACCUGAGCAUGAUCAAGAGUCAGAACCAGCACCACAGCUAGGACCUGAGGCCUGGACACAGCACACACUCCAUGUCAUUUUUACUCUUUUUCUGAAGCCUGAGAGGAAUCACUCCAUGAGCUGACCAUGAAGCAGGAAAGCUGCUAUCCUGGGAAAAUAACACCUUCUAAUUUACCACAAAAGAGUGUCUCAAGAUAACAUUACAAGCGUGUCAUUAGUGGCUUUAAAGUCAAACUGAAACUUGAAUUACUUUUUUGUGUAAUGAAAUUUAAGCUCACAUGAUAGGCAAAUAUCAAAAGAGCGAAGAGAGAAAUUUCUAGUAUAAGUGUCUCCGCCUCAAGCCUCUGAGUGUUUUCCAUGACCACAGUUUAGUGACAAGUGAGAGCUCACGUUGAAAAUUCCAGUAGGCUAUCUGUUUGGACUGUGGCUCAUGCUAACCUUACACUUGCCACCUCUGUUUUAGAGAUGUGGAGCAAUAACACAGGUCGGGGAAGCAGCAAGAGUCUCCUGGAGCCUUCCACAUAUAUUUUAAUUUUACAUAAAUCUUUACAAAUAUUUGGAGUCUGGCAAAAUACAGAAAUUAGCUCUUUGGAUUAGCUAUUAGCUGUUAGCUAGCAGCACGGCUACAGCUACUAAACUAACUUGUGCUGCCUGCUCUUAUACAUAUACUUUAUUUUGCAGUAGUGUGUGUAUGUUUAUCACUCUAAUGGAGGUGGUGUGUUUUGAAAGUUAACAUUGAAAGUUGAACUGAAUCUACAGUUAUGAAGCGGGUAUCAAGCAGAAGCUAGUUAGCCUCACUCACUAACAUUAGUGCUGUUUAUUUCUGUUAGCUGUCAUUCUUUCUUAUGUAACGUUAAGCCUAAAUGAGGUGAGACAAAUUUCCGGACUGUCCGAACUCACAGCAAAGGGUAGGAAUGUGACAUAUAGAGAGUAACAUACAGAGUAACUAAGUAAUAUACAGAGUGCUGAGGGCUCAGAUGGAGCUAACGGCUAACAACAAUGUUGGAUCCCUCGUCUGGGUUCAAACCCACACAACAAUGGCUCUUAGAUUUAGAGUGAAGAAUGUUAGGGGCCGCACCAAUCAAAUGACAUUAUCAGUCGAGACCAAAAACAUACUUUGACCAUUUAUGUACAGAACAAGCACCAGAUUUCUUAGCUAAAUUUACCUUCCGUUUGACUUUAAAAUAAGGGUGAGCAAUAUUUGUUAUCUUGAGAUGAUGAAAGAGCUGAGAGUUAAUAAGCCAAAAAGUAGCAGCUAGCAUGUCCUCUAUGGGCCUGUGUAAUUUAGUGAUGGGUUCAUUUCAAUCAUCCAAAGAGAUUUAACAUGGACUGAAAUACUUUCUCUUAAAUGGAUUUGCAUGGAUUUAGACGAUAACUCGCCUUUUUAACCAGCGACUUUUAUUUAAUUGUAAUUUCUGAAUUGUUGAAAAGUAACAAUUGUGGUUUGUACAUUUUUACUCUGAUAUAUUCAGUUCAUCCCACACUUUUUUUUUUCAUGUUUUAUGAAAAGAGGAAAGGCGCUGACAACGUGGGCCACAUCGUUUUAAACCAAUUUCACUGUGAAUACAAGUGUUAGCAGAGGAAGUGUGCUUCAGAGACACACUGCCUCAGAGCAAGGAAAACCUUUGUUGAGAUGCUGUUUGAAAUGGAAAUGAUUGUAAAAUAAUGAACCUGACAGAAUUUUUUUUUUUUUAAUCCAUUUAACUUCUAUUUUUCUGCAUUUAUUUUUUAAACAUAGUUAUAUUUCACAGAAUGGUAUUAGAAUUAUUCACUGCACUUAUUUGGGUUGAAGAAAUGUUCUGCAGAUGUUGUGCUAUCACAUUUGUGUGGAGGUUUCUAUGACAGUGGGUUAUUGGGGAUGGGUUGUUGUUUAAAUGCAUAUGUUCAGAUGUUGCCUUGACAUUUUUCCUGUACAGUUUAUUGUUUUCAUCUCAGUACACUUUUUGAAUCAAUGAAUGAAUGCCUGAGAAUUCCUGAAAUAUGUCUCCUGUGAUUUUAAAAUGUACAGGCUGCAGUUAUAUAUGCUUUACAAAAGUAAAAAAUGUUUAUAGUAUUUUGUCAGUUGUCAUUUUAUACAAUAUUUUGUGUUGUGUCUAA